ACAUUGCUAUUCUCUCUUCCCUCUUCACUUCUCUCCGUCGCCGCCAGCAUUGAUGGCUGGAAUGAGCCGACUGGGGGCAGCAGUUGCAUCGCCAAUUCGAAUCAUACGCAGCGGGAUUGAGCUUCUCUCCACGCGUCGGUGCUACGGCUCUGCGUUGGCGGUCCAAUACGAUUACUGCGACGAGGAGGAGGAUCACGAUAAUGUGUGGGAGCGGAAGCCGUGGCCGGAGUCUUCGGUUGGGUCGGAGUCGGGCAGGGGAGUUCAGUGGGUGAUGAUUGGAGAACCGGGAGCUAAGAAGCACGUGUACGCAGAUAGGCUGUCAAAGCUUCUGGAAGUUCCUCACAUUUCUAUGGGUUCCCUUGUUCGAAAAGAGCUUAAUCGGCGCUCUUCUCUUUACAAGAAGAUAGCACAUGCUCUUAAUGAAGGAAAGCUUGUUCCAGAGGAUGUGAUUUUUGAGUUGUUGACAAAGAGGCUGGAAGAAGGGUACUGCAAAGGUGAAACAGGGUUCAUUCUGGAAGGCAUUCCCCGAACUAGGAUCCAGGCUGAAAUAGUUCACCAAAUUACUGAUAUUGAUCUAGUUGUGAAUUUUAAAUGGAAAACAAGUGCUUUGAGUGAAAACUUCUCUCCUUGCCAAGAACUUUUUGGGAUCGGCAACACUGAAUGCACCACCUCUAAUCUUGCAAAUGCCUGGAAAGAAAAAAUACGCAUCUAUGCGGAGCAGGCCAAGCCAUUGGAAGAUUACUACAGGAAACAAAAGAAACUUCUUGAUUUUCAAGUGGCAGGGGCACCUGGAGAAACCUGGCAAGGGCUUUUAGCUGCAUUACAUCUCCAACAUAUGAAUGCCGUUCCUUCCUAACAGCAGCCGACUUCAUGAUUUUGAGUCAAUGGCUGCCGUUUCUUUCAUAUAUCAAGAAGUAUGGUAGAAUAUAUAUACAUAUGUACAAGUGCCGUAGGGUGAGUUUGAGUUUCACUUGGCGAUAGUUAAAAGUCAAUUUUGAAUAUUUAUGGUGCUUUAAGAUACAGUAGUCUGAAUGUCCUGAACUUACAGGAGUACAAUAUGUAAUCCUAUUCUAUUUUUGUGAGAGUAGGUGAGGACAAGAACGGCGACAUGUAUAACCAUUAUCCAGACGUGAGAGUGUGUGUGUUGAUUAAUUACUCUUUCAUUAUUGCUUCUA